UGAAUCCCGAAUAAAUGAUAUUUAUAAUAUAAGUUGCAGUCGAAUGUCUAUUGAAAGAUGUCAGCACUACUUAAAUCAAUUUAGUGCUGCCAUCUUGCAGUCACUUGAUUUCGUUCAGUGUAAUCCGCCAUAUUGGUUAUAAAUGAGUGACCUCCGGAAAUCAGUGUAUCGUUUUCUGUAAAAUUCGUGUCAUCGAGGCAGUGUGUGUACUUAGAAUCAUGGCCGUGGUAUCACUGGAUAGAUUUAGAAAGCAGCUACUUGAGACGUGCCUAAGCUACCAGAUGCUUCCUUCUUCUGAAAAGAGAUAUGCAUUUGGACUUUUGAUAAAUGUUGCAAAUUAUUUGGAGGGCCUGUUGACCAUUGAAGACCCCAUAGACACAUCAGGUAUUGCAACAGAGAAUAUUGAACAUACUGCCGAUUCUUUGAAUGAAUUUGCAUUUACUGUUGGGAGAUUCCUUGAAUUAACAACACAUGCAGUGGAAGAGAUAUAUAAAUCUGUCAAUUCUGAAAAUUGGUGUAUGCCUCAGGAAAAAUUACCACCAGAGAAACUAAGUCUGAUUAAGACUGAAUCUGAAGUUAGAGAGGAUGACUCUGAAAUAAUAAAUGAUGAGGGCACCAAGCUAAAUGUAGCCUCGGUACUCCAUGAAUCAAGUAGAGUUGAUACUAAGACAGCAAACUCAGUAUUAUGUGAUAACAAACUACAUGAGUCUGCUCUGACCUCAACAAGGAGAAAACGAGGUCGUCCAAGAAAAUCAGAACAAUUCAUAAAAUCGUCUAAUUCUUAUGAUGAUACACCAGUUGAGAAAAAAGUUAAACCUGGAGAGACUAAUCCAGUGCAUGACUAUGAUGAUGCAAUUGAAAUGGCAGAGGAGGCAGAUGGACUUGGUACUACAGAUGAUAAUGAUGAUGUGGACUAUGAACCGAAUGAAGAUAUCGAAGAACUUAAUCUAUCUGAAGAUGAGACUGAUGCCACAAAUGAUCCAGAUGAUGUUAAAUCAGUUGAAAAUUCCAACAGCAAUGUACCUCCUUCAAGUCAAUUAGUUGAUCAGAUGCAAAAAUCUGUUGGGAUUUACAAGCGAACCUCAUCUAAGAAGAAAAGACUUGGACCACAUAUGUGUAAACAUUGCGGGGAAUCAUUCAAACAUGGCCGACCAUUCAACCGCCAUCUGAUAGCAGACCAUGGUAUGUGUGAAAUGUCCUGCCGUAAAUGCAGAGUCACAUUCCACAAUAGGGCUGAAUUUGACCACCAUAAGUGUAAAAGAGCAAGGACACAAAUAUGUACUAAAUGUAAAAAGGAACUCCCAAACAGGAAAAGACUGGCUCUACACAUGCAGCUGAAACACGGUAUUAAACUACAAAUCAAAAUCCACAAAUGUGAAUUUUGCGAUCGAUCCUAUCAAGGUAAAGAGAGUUUGUACAUCCAUUUAAGAACACAUGCAGCUGAUAAACAAGUCUGCCUCAGAUGUGGCCACUUUUGCGACACUGCAGAACAAUUAGACGAACAUUUUGAGACAGUUCAUCGAAAAGACUGCAAAUUCCAUUGCAAAACGUGUGACAAAUAUUUCAACUUUGAGCAACAGUACAACCAGCACAUGAAGUGUCACGAGAGACACAAAUGUCUUGUUUGCAAUAUGACAUUCCCACGAAGUAAACUGCUCUGCCGUCACAGUAGGAUCAGUCAUGGGGUGAAGUUACCAGAAGAUGGCAAGAGUAAGGAGCAUACAUGUGAAGAAUGUGGUAAAAUGUUUCGCAGGCCUGGUCUACUAUCCAUCCAUAUGAGAAUCCAUACAGGAGAAAAGCCCAUAGAAUGUGGAACAUGUCAUCUGUUUUUUCGCACAAUGAAGGCAUUGCGCAAGCAUGAACAAACAAACACUCAUGCAAUCCGGACAGGAGAUAUUAAGAAGGAAUUUAAAAGGGAUCAUCUCUGUCAGUUGUGUGGCAACUCUUAUUUAAGGAAACAAGCCCUUGUAAGGCACAUGAAAGCAAUCCACACAGAUAAGAAGCCUCAUCAAUGCCCUCAUUGUACAUACUCUGCUGUUGAGGCCACUGCACUACGUCUACACAUGGCACGACAUUUCGCCUCCAGGGAAUGGGUGUGUGAGACAUGCGGUGCCGGGUUUCAUACCAAGAAAAGCCUUCAGACGCACCAUCUUUACAAACACCAAGAAGAGCGCACUCAUGUCUGUACUAUUUGUAACGCUGAUUUCAAGACUCCCAAUGCGUUACGUCGUCACAUGCGGAUACAUUCAACUGUUAAUCCAUUUACUUGUAAUUGUGGCCAGGGGUUUAAACGAUUAUACAACCUUCGACGGCAUAUGAAAAAUGUUCACGGUUCUGACGAAAUGCUUCCACCAGUGAAAAAAGUUCAGGUUAUUGAUGUCCCCGAAGAUUGUAAAAUGACUCCACAUGGGAUUGUCGCCAAAACCAAAGAAAAGGAAAAAGCAUCUGUUCUAAAAUCCCCCAGAAAAUCAAAAUCAAAAGUGCGUUGCAUGCAAUUCAAAACUGCAUACAAUAUGGAGGCUCAUUUUCCAGAGCAAUGUGGACCUGAAGACCUGAGCUCAAAAUUUUCAAAUAAUCAGACUUUACUUUCAAAAUCAAAUACUGUACAAUUCCAUCAUGGAACACCAUUUACCCAGGCUACUGGUCAUAAUGAACAGGCCACAUCCUAUGUGUUUCCAGUGUUAAAUACCUCUGAACAAGCAUUGAACAAUCCUGUGACGGAAGGUGCAACAACAGCACCAGAGGUUUAUGCUAGUGUCACAAGUUUAAUGCAUUUAAUGGUCCAGAACCAACCUCAGUAAUAGUACCAAGUCUUAAGACCCCCCACCCCCUAUGUAUUUCACCUCCAAAGGUAAGGUAUGUAAUGGUUUCCACAAAGGUGUGAAAACAAAACUACAGCUAUGAAUGAACGUUGCUUUUUAUGAAUAUCUGAUUCAUUUGAAUGUAUUACAAAUGCAAUGUCAGUUCACUUCAGAUUUAUACUCUCAUAACUGAUAUAGUAAUGCAUUGUGCAAUUUUAUAGACAUUUUAUUAUGCAAUGUAGAGGUCAAGGUCACGCACAGUAUCUGCAUGACCUUAAGGUCACAUGUGUAGCCAAUUUAUUUCUCAUUUAUACUCUCAUAACUUUGAUAUACUAUGUGUUGUGCAGUUUUGUAGACAUUUACCACAUGAAGGAUAUUCACAUUCUGAAUUGAAUAUUUUACCCGAUGCAUUCACUAAAAACAAUUAUUUUGACUACAAAAGUGGUACAUGACUGAAUUGAGAAUCAAUGAAAUAAAUAAACCUCAUUUUAAUACAGUAUGAGGAUAAUGAAAUGUUCCUUACAAGUUUUAAUCUUAUUGAAUGCUCUUAUCACGCGGUACUAACUCACCGGGGCGUAUUGAAACCAAAACGCCCCACAAAACCGUUAAUUUGAAUUUCAAACCUAC